AUGACCGCAUCACUGCUUCAGAAGCUGCGUAGAUCACAAGCAAACUCAUUGCCCAUGUCCAUCCUUACCGAAGGACUGUAUGGCGGACAUCGCGCUACGUUGCUACCACUACAGACUGCAGACACUAUCCUGUGUGUAGCUGGAGGCAUUGGCAUCACUAGCUGUAUAAGUUUCCUGCAGCAAUACGUCAACGAAUCUCGACCUGCCGAAUCUGCUUCAAAGCCUCUAAUGAGCUGCGCAACAAAAUUCGUGCUCGCGUGGUCAGCCAGAGAAGAAUCGCUCAUACAACAUGUCUCCACUUCUCUUUUGUCCGAUCUACCCACGGACUCCCAGGACAAGCAUCUCGAGUGUCAGUUCUGGUGUACCGGCGAGCAGAGCAGUCAAGACAAAGGAAUCGAGCAAGGUCUCAACUUGCGAAGAGGCAGGAUGAUUGUUGAAGAGGUUGUCAGGUCUGUAGCAGAGAAGGGAAGAAGAGUUGUGGUAGUAGUCUGUGCGCCUGGCGCCAUGUCAGACGAAGUCAGAGAAGCUGUGGUCGGAUGUUUGAGAGAUGGUAUGCCGGUUGACAUAAUCGAAGAGGCUUUUGCAUGGUAG